GCGUAACAAUGCGGUCGCCGUACGAAGAUAGCGCUACUGCCGCUGACCACAAACACCAAUACCAGUACCAAUACCAGCAAACCAGCGGCGCCAAUAAUAACAAUAAUUACUAUAAAAACUAUAAUGUGAAUGGCAAUGGGCAGGCGAAUGGAAAUGGUAAUGGAAAUGGAAAUGGAAAUGGCAGUUUGAAUGGCCAGGGAAAUGGAAACGGUAUUCCUUAUCACGCGCGCGAGAACUCGCUGCCAUUCAGCUAUGGAAUUGCCAAAACGUCGACGCCGCUGCGCAAAACCUCGACGCCGACGCGGGCGGAUAGUUUUCUAGACUUUGAUUUCGGUGCCCCGACCAGCUCCGCUGCCACCUCUCCAUCCACUAAUGGCAAUGGUAUCGGAGUUGGAUCCAGUGAUAUGAUAAAGCCCCAACCUCGGCUGACGAGCCCUUUGCUUGUGCGCAAAACACUGGGCAACGGAGUGUCUCCCACGGGCUCCACCAACACCAACACCAUUGCCAAUACGUACCACUACAGGUCGAACAGUGCGACGCCGACACCGCUUCGAGAUGAUUUCGAGCAACUGCUGCGGGAGCGACGCGAAAAGGUCUACAACGAGUACAAGGAGCGGGAUGGGGAGCGGGAGAGCCGGCAGAGGGACCGAGUACCGCCCACACCGCCCCAACGGCAGUACUAUCCUAGCAAUGGAUAUGGAAGCAGUUUGAAAAACGGAAGCUCUCCGGGUAAUGGUUACAGGAACACUCUCUCCAACGGUCAGGGGAGCAAGUACAACUACGAUUUCGAGUUCAAUCUCAACCUGGACGAUGUGGAGCGCAGUUCCCUGCCAGCACCGGGUCCGACGCCGUACACCACACGGAAUAUACAUUUCGAGGACUUGCGGCUGGAGCAGGAUGUGCCAGAUGGCGUGGUCAACAGACGGCUGGCCUCCUCGAGCUUGGAACGCAAUUAUCACACAAUUAACAGCUUGGAAGCGACCACAACGACCCACAAACGCGAGCUGGAGCCGCAACUGGGCGCCGUUUAUGGCCAAAACAACCUGGAGACGCUCACGCGCACUCGCCGCGAUCUCUCCUUGUCCACCUCCCCGUUGCCGUCGUUGCCGCCGGUCCCAGCAUCGCCCAUCUAUGCCACCAGCACAAAACGAGCGACCAACCCAAAUACCAAUGGCCAGCAGAUGACGCCUAGUCCCACCAGCAGGCCAGAAACGCCCGCCUUUCCGGUCACACCGCGCACGCCUUUUGGGGCGUCAUCGGGCGGACUACCUUCCCAGUUGCCAGCUGAAUCCAUCUACCAAACGGGGCCACGUCGCGGCGUGGGGGCUCUGACCCCCAUGGAAGUUUCCCCGGACUCGGUGCGAUUCGCCAAGAGCUCGGCCAAGUACUGGUACAAGCCAAAUAUUUCGCGGGAGGAUGCUAUUGCUCAGUUGGCCGGAGCACCGCCGGGUACUUUCCUGGUUCGGGACUCGACGACCUACAAGAACUCCUACGGUCUGGUCGUGAGGGUGGCCCAGCCACCGGCAGGAUCCCAGGAGCUGGUACGUCACUUCCUCAUCGAGCCCACGCCGGGAGGUGUGCAUCUGAAGGGCUGCGACAACGAGCCGGUGUUCACCUCGCUCUCCGCGCUGGUCUUCGAGCAUUCCAUCAGCCAGCUGGCGCUACCCUGCCUCCUGCUGCUGCCCGACCGGGACAUAGUGCCUCCACUGCGGGCCACAACCCCGGCCCAGCAGCACCUGCUCGCCCACGGAGCCGCCACCAAUGUGCUGUGGCUAUUUUCCUGCGACACCGAGUCUCUGACCGGAAACGAGGCCAUUCGGAAGGCCAUUCGCCAGAUGUACGCCCAGAAACCGGCGCCGCAGCCCACCGAGGUCCACUUCAAGGUAUCAUCGCAGGGCAUCACGCUCACGGACAAUACGCGCAAAAAGUUCUUCCGGAAACAUUACACGGCGGAUGUGAUCUCUCACUGCGCCAUCGACCCGGAGAGCCGGAUGUGGACGAGCGAAGGGGACACCGAGAAGAAGACCAUCUUCGCGUUUGUGGCCCGAAGGUCGCACAGCUCCACGGACAACCAGUGCCACGUCUUCUGCGACCUGUCCGUCAGCCAGCCCGCUGCGGCGAUUGUGUCCUUCGCCAAUCGCACCCUGCCCACUGAGAAGUUGCGCAACUACGUCCUGUAAUUAUGGCGGCCAGAAGGAGUCCUGUGGAGCGGAGCAAACGAGCAGGCAAAUGGAAUUUGUCCGGCUAUGCAGCUAUGUAAGAUGUACUAACUAAUCACUACGAACUUUUGUUUUUCGAUACAAUAAUGAGUUUAACUACGAAUAUGUUAACGGAAAAUGAUGUCAGCCAUCAGGCACACACUCUCAGACGGCAAUAUUUAUGGCAAAAGCUAAAACAUAUGUACACAUACUACACAUAGUAUGUAUUAUCAACUCGAAUCGACUAAACGCACAGUGGGACGAGUGGACUCUGAGGACCGAUAACGCUUUCGGCUAACGCCAAGUCAUACUUGUUUAUAGGCUCUAGGUAUAAACAAAUCUAUGGAUACUCCAAAAAUGAUUCCGAAUUUCGGACCGAAAGUCCUGGGUCAGUGUACACAGGUUGAAGUUGAUCACCGAAUGUUGACGUUUAUUAGAGGAACAAAAAUAGGUGUGUAUAUAUUUUUAAAUCGAGAGUGUGUGCUUUUACUCGGCUACAGGGUGCGCUUGUCAGACAAACGGAAUUAAAUUAAUCUACAUAAUGAUAAUUUUAAACGAAUUAAUGCUAAAUAAGAGAGUUGUUGAAUAAUCCCCCCAGGCAGAUUGUCCUCUAAUUUAUACCAGUAAUAUCUAUAUAUGUACAUGUAUUUUUGUAAUAGCCGUAAGAUGUACUAAUGCAGAGUCAAUAUCAAUAAAGUGCAAUGUUGUUAAACAGA